GAGCGCGGCGAGAGUGGCCCGCUUUCGUUCCCUUUGCGCCCCUCUAAUAAGCAGUCCUGCGACCCCUGCGCCCGUCCCCGACCGCGCACCCAGCCUCCGGCUGCGAAAGAACUCUGGCCGAACUUCUGCCAGACAGGGCUGCUCCUCAGCGCUUCGGAAAGUUUCUCGCAGAGAACUUUCUCUUUUGACUUGGGGCGCGAAAGGUUCGCGGUGACGGAGAGGGCGGGCGCGGGCUCCGCAGCCCCGCUCCUCUCCGCCCUCGGCGCUUGCUUACCUCGCCCGCAGCGGGCGUGUGGGGAAGUGGGUGAGCGGGGGUGGCCGAGGCUCUGCGGCUCGCUGUCCCGCUCAUCCUUCGCUUCGUGCCGGGCACCGCCAUUCCCGCGCCCAGCCUUCCCGGGGCCCGCGGCGAGGCGGAGAGGCGGCGAGGCCGGGUGCCGGCGGAGCUGCUGCCCCAGGAACCGGACUGAAUGAAUGGGAAAGGGACGCGCGAGCCGGGGUCGCGGGCGCGGCCGCUGGGGGUCGCCCUGCGCUCCCUGGAGCGCUGGGCCGCGGGACCGCGCCUGAGCCUGGAGCGAAAGUUAGUUGGGCAAAAUGAUGCUUCAGCACCCAGCCCAGGUCUCUGCCUCGGAAGUCAGUGCGUCUGCCAUCGUCCCCUGCCUGUCCCCUCCUGGGUCACUGGUGUUUGAGGAUUUUGCUAACCUGACACCCUUUGUCAAGGAAGAGCUGAGGUUCGCCAUCCAGAACAAGCACCUCUGUCACCGGAUGUCCUCUGCGCUGGAGUCGGUCACUGUCAGCGGCAGACCCCUCGAGAUGGCAAUCACGAAAGCCGAGGUAGCCCCUGAAGAAGAUGAAAGGAAAAAGAGGCGGCGGGAAAGAAAUAAGAUCGCCGCUGCCAAGUGCCGCAACAAGAAGAAGGAGAAGACAGAGUGCCUGCAGAAAGAGUCGGAAAAGCUGGAGAGCGUGAACGCCGAACUGAAGGCCCAAAUCGAGGAGCUCAAGAACGAGAAGCAACAUUUGAUAUACAUGCUCAACCUUCACCGGCCCACGUGUAUUGUCCGGGCUCAGAAUGGGCGGACUCCGGAAGAUGAGAGAAACCUUUUUAUCCAACAGAUAAAAGAAGGAACAUUGCAGAGCUAAGCAGUUGUGGUGUGGGGGCAACGGGGGAGUCCUCAUCGAAACCUUCGACAUCCCAAACCCUGAAGCCACUGGAGAUCUGACUCCCUGUGCACCUCUGGCGUCGCAGCCGUGAAGAACCGUCAAGGCGGAAGAGCCCUUGGUGACUCAGCUGGGCCUUUCCUCUCUGCACCAGAGCGGACUGUGGACCAGGACAAGGGCAUCUUUUUGUCUCAACUCCAGGUUUUAGGCCUUCACGUACUGGCUAGUCUUGGGUGCUGCAGUUGGCCCCUGGUCAGGGUCCUGCCCAUCUUCUGCCUGGAUUCUACAGAAACCAGGACUCUCACCAUUAGGACUCAUGCUGAAGAAGUGUCUGUACCUUGGGUGGAUGGAGUGGGGCCACGGCCACUCACAGGAGAGACAGAGUGAGAACGGCAUUUAGCAACGUUGUACAAUGGCCAGGGUUGUGCUUUCUAGCAAACGUGCUAUUACGUACCGGAAUUACUAUGUGCAAGGCACCUGUGUCAAAGCUAGGCAUUGUGCUCUCCUGAGGUUUGUUUUGCACGACACUGGUGUGAUUUUCCUCAGAUCUGUUUCUGAGAGUGUGGGGGGCGAUCACCAUAUGCAGUGUCUUCCAGAAUGUUGAAGUGGCCAGAAGAGCUUGUCCGCCCCGGGAGAACAGAAUUCUGCUGGCAAGCAGGCAGUUUUGUGUCAACAGAGAAAGCCACCUUUCCCUUGGCACCCAGGCAUUAACGCAAAACUCAUGGGCACGACCACAGGUGCUCUGUCACAAACUCAGUUACAAUGUCACAGAAAGAAAGCAGGAAGUCCAACUUCCAGAGGGCUAGGACUCUCCCCUCAGUGACUUAGGUCAGGAGUUAUUUCUAGGCCAGAAGAGCCAACAAAUAUUCCAUUUUCCUUUUCCCGCAGUUGAAAACCACAUUCAGUGGAGACAAGUUUGAAGCCAGCUGAUGCCUAGGCUUUAGCAUUAUUGGAUGUUAGUGGCAUUGUUUGUCAUGCAGAUGUUUGUAGAAAUCUGGCCCAGAGCAUUGAUAGCUGUGAGAGGUCAUUCACACUGGCCACAGGACUCUGGCUACUGUCUGUUUAAAUUCUGAUGUUUCUGUGAAAUCCUCAGAGUGUUUAAUCCUACUCAAUAGUAUCAUUACAAUUUUCUGUAAGAGAAAAUAUUACUUAUUUAUCCUAGUAUUCCUAACCUGUCGAUAUAAUAAAUAUUGGAGCCAAGACAUGGUAACCUUAA